UUCUAUUCUAUCAGUGAGCGUUUUUUCAAAAACAAAGCUUAGCUUCAGUUGUCGUCGAUAUACGAAGACAAGGACCAGGGAAGAGAGGUCGGAAAUGGGGAAGUCGUCGACGACCAAGGACGCUCAAGCGCUUUUUCAGUCUCUCCGAUCUGCUUAUUCCGCCACUCCCACUAACCUCAAGAUCAUCGAUCUGUACGUGAUGUUUGCUGUCUUCACUGCUCUGAUUCAGGUAGUUUACAUGGCUGUUGUUGGAUCUUUCCCAUUCAACUCUUUUCUGUCCGGAGUUCUUUCUUGUGUAGGGACAGCAGUUCUCGCUAUUUGUCUCCGUAUCCAAGUGAACAAAGAAAACAAAGAAUUCAAGGAUUUGCCACCAGAACGUGCUUUUGCGGACUUUGUUCUCUGUAAUCUGGUGCUCCAUUUGGUGAUUAUGAAUUUCCUUGGAUAAAGCGGAUUCUUAGGAACAUAGGAUUAUUGUUCAACGAGAUAGUUCCAGGCCAUUGGCUGCCUUUCUUGUUAGGUUGUUAACCAUUUGAGUUCACCAUGUAAAAGAAUCUGUACUUGCUAUUGGAAUAUUUCUUCAAUUACAGGAAAGUUCAAACUGCUGUGGACGAGAAUGACUUAAAAACAUAAAGCUAGUUUUAUCUUUUUGCAGUAUUA